GCCUUUCUCUCCGCCCACUGGUCGCCGCCGCCGCCGGGGCGAAGAAGCUCCGCCGCCCUUGUUGGUCCUUCGGAAGCCGGCCGGAGGGGGUUUAUGUUCCUUGGCACUGCUGAUGCUCAGUCUGAAUUGACCUCUGAACAGAAUACCAUAAGACUGUCUUCUGGCACAUAUAGCCACCUUGAUCGUGCCACUAACACGCAACUGUCUUGUGACAAGUGUCCUGCAGGAACAUAUGUAUCUAAGCAUUGCACAGUGACAACCUUAAGAGAGUGCAGCCCUUGUGGCAGUGGAACCUUCACGAAGCAUGAAAAUGGUGUGGAGAGAUGCCAUACAUGCCGAAAGCCUUGUAUACUGCCAAUGGUUGAGAGAACACGUUGCACUGCUUUAACUGACCGCGAAUGCACCUGCCCACCUGGUACAUUUCUCAGUGACAACAACUGCACCCGUUAUUCAGAGUGCCCUGUUGGAUGGGGCGUAAGGAAGAAAGGAACGGACACAGAAGACGUCAAGUGCAAACCUUGCCCUCGUGGCACUUUCUCUGCUGUGCCUUCUAGUGUGUUGAGAUGCAAAACAUUAACCAACUGUUCACAAAAUAAUCUGGUCGUGAUAAAACCAGGAACAAAAGAGAGGGACAACCUCUGUGGGCCUCCAUCAACUUUCCAUAAUGCAGCCGGCCUUUUGUCAAGUCCAGAGGAAGAUAAGGAACUCCACAAAGCGGCUUCUACUUCUGUUCUUCCCAAAGGUGUGAACUCCUCGGCUUCCAACUUUGCUGCCAGCCCUCCCCCAAGUACAUACACUGACGUGAUGACACUAACAGAUAUUGAUAAUGAAACUGCAAAGAAUGAGACAGUCCCUGACAGUGUGACUUCUCUGGACACCCCUAAGCCUUUAAAUCAUCAGCAAAUCCAUUACCACAAACAUACCCCUUCCAUUCUGAAAGGACAGCCAGCACUGGAAAUGAGCGGCAGUGUAAAAUCCAGCAUUCCUUAUAAACCGCCUAAAAGAGGAUCCCCAAGGCAAAAUGCCCAUAAGCAUUUUGAUAUCAAUGAACACUUGCCAUGGAUGAUUGUCCUACUGCUGCUGCUUGUUCUUGUAGUGAUUGUUGUAUGCAGUGUCCGAAAAAGUUCACGGACACUAAAGAAGGGACCAAGACAAGAUCCCAGUUCAAUUGUGGAAAAGUCUGUUUUGAAAAAAUCUUCUACCCCAACCCAAAACAAGGAGAAAUGGAUCUAUUAUUGCAAUGGACAUGGAAUCGACAUUCUGAAGCUGGUAGCGGCUCAGCUUGGAAGUCAGUGGAAGGAUGUCUACCAAUUUCUGUGCAACGCAAGUGAGCGAGAGGUGGCAGCUUUCGCCAAUGGAUAUUCUGCAGACCAUGAGAGGGCCUAUGCUGCUUUACAACAUUGGACCAUCAGGGGCUCUGAAGCCAGCCUUGCCCAGCUGAUCAGUGCCCUCCGACAGCACAGACGUACUGAUGUGGUAGAGAAAAUCAGAGGUUUGAUGGAAGAUACAACUCAGCUUGAAGCUGACAAGUUGGAUCUUCCUGUAAAUUCUGCUCCACUUAGUCCCGCUCCCAGUCCAAAUCCAAAUCCAGACUCGGCCAUCAUCCCUGUGGACCCCUCACCCUUAGAGAAGAACAAGUGCUUCUUUGCGGAUGAGUCGGAACCUCUUCUGCGCUGUGAUUCCACGUCCAGUGGCUCUUCUGCUCUUAGCCGAACAGGCUCCUUUAUUACCAAAGAAAAGAAAGACACAGUGCUGCGCCAGGUUCGCCUGGACCCAUGCGAUCUGCAGCCCAUCUUUGAUGACAUGCUUCACAUUCUGAACCCAGAGGAGCUGCAUGCGAUUGAAGAGAUUCCACAAGCAGAGGAUAAGCUGGAUAGACUUUUUGAAAUUGCUGGCAUCAAAAGCCAGGAAGCAAGCCAAACACUCCUGGAUUCAGUCUAUAGCCACCUACCUGACCUACUUUAGACCAUGGUCACCAAAUGUUCUCAUCACUCAUGCUCUGGCUGCUGCUUGUACUAGCUUGGCACUUGGUAAAAAUAAGGCACAGGCUGGAUAUUUAGUAGAACUUGUAGCCAGUAUUUCCUUCUAGGUUUGACUUUUUUUUUAAAGGGGAGGGGGCAAUUUUCAAGCCUUGGCACCCUUUCUUGUUCAUCAUUCGAAUUAAAUGAUCCUCUUCUCUUCAUUUCAACAUUUCAAUUUCUAAUUUAGAUCUUUCACUUUAAAUGCCUAAAAAACAGAUCUUCUGUUCGACUUUUACAUGGUGAGUUUGGAUUUGUACUUAAAUGUUAAUUCAGAUUGAUCAGAUCAAUUUUGUGUUGUUGUUUUUAACUUCAACUUGACAGCCCCCUGACCCGCCUUUCAGGUAUUUUAAAAAUUUAUAUUCUCCAUUAUGUGUUGUGAGUACGAUCAGCUUUUUCUGAAGAGGAUGUUGAAAAACAACUACUGCUGAAUGAUUCACAUUUAUUGACAUUUUAGUAGCACAGCUAUUUAUUGUAUGAUUCCCCCCGGACAAAGCAAAGAGUGGUUGGUGACUUGUGCUGCUCUACAGCUAUAAAGCAGAGGCAUUUUAAGUGUAAUUUCUCCAGCCUUCAAGACAAUAAGACGUUUUGGCCUACAGCUGAAUGUAAUUCUGUAUACUCAACACAAGGGGAGUAUUUUGCCUUGCCAUUUUAGGAUCUCAGCAAGCUUGGUAAUUUUGGUCAGUUUGGAGUAGCACCUGGAGCUGGACUCUGGAAAGUGAACCAAAACCCUGGUGGUGCCACGUUUCUCGUUCUAUAAGAUUGACUGAUCCUAUGCUUCAAAAUAGUCUUUGUGUGUGCGUGAGUGUGUGUGUGUGUGGAUUUUUAUACUAAUGUGGUCAAUAGAUAUAUUUCGGAGACCUCACUUAGUCUUAGCAUUUCCUUCCUCCAAACACACUUCACUUUUUAUUAAAAUGCUGCAUUAUAAGAAACCUGCCUCUAUUAUAUUUGCAACUACAAUGCUCCAGGAAUACACCAGUCUACAUUAAUGCUUAUUUUGGAGAUGAUACUGGAAGGUGGCAUGUUCUGCCUUCGAUUGCCGGGGGCCAAGGGGGUGGGGUAUAACUUUGGAAAAACUUGCCUUCUAAUAUACUAAUUUAUUAAUAAAUAAUAG